CUCUAGUUCAAAUCUGAAAUUAUCGAGAUAUCCUCUAGGACUAAUCUCGGCCAAUGCACAUUCUUACAGUAUACUAGAAAGUUCAGAGCGCUUGGAAGCCCUGAAAGACGUAUACAAGAAAGCCUAGAUGCCAACGUCUUGAAUAGAAACAGGUUUUGGACGAUGAUUGUCCUGGAGUUUCAUGAUGAACUUCAGACCGGGCUACCCUGUUCUUUGUUCAAGUCUGGAUGGACCAUUGGAUUCUGUGAAUAUUCUACUGGAAAAAGGAAGAGACUCCAGAGUCUUGGAUCCUUGUUGUAGAAUGGACUUGAGUUUAACAGCGGGUGUUGGCAGAUGGGCAGGUGACCCACCUCUUGAAAGGGCCCAGAGGCUUUAGAAUUUCCAAGAAAGUAGGAGAGGGAUUUAGUGAUACCGGCGUGAUAGGGUGAGUGAUGAGGGAUCCUUUAUCGUUGAGUUAUUUGUUGUUUGCAUCUUUUUUGGUGGUUACAACGGCUCGGUGAUCCAAGGUGUCAACGGUCUAGAAUACUGCCUUUGAUCAUUUUCAAUCUCUCGCCGAUGAAGAGUGAAGACGUGCUUGCAUCAUUCACUCUGAAUAAAUCAAAGUGCAUGAGAUAUGGCAGCAGGUUUGACUCAACACGUUAAAGCGCAAUGUUGAAUUAUAGAGGACAUCGACAUCCGCCGCUCGGAACCCGCGGC